UAACUUGUUACUCUUUUUAUCCUACCGUAGAAAUGAAUUUUUCCAAACUGGAUCACCUGGCGGACCGGUUGUUGGCUGAACUUGAGACUGACCUUGAACCUGCCUUCAAACGGCAGUCGGAAGUCGUUCUCCGACACGAUACUGUUGUGCACCACAACCAGGACUGGUGUGUAGCCUUACAGCGCCAUCUAGAGCUAGUGCAGAGUCAACAAUCAAUGCUGCAGGAUCACGAACGUUUGCUCGAGCGGCAGUUUGCCGCGUUGGAACAAUCAAUCAGCACUUUGGAGCAGUGUCCUCGCCAAGCGUGGCCGUGGUGCGUCGGUGGAGCUGCCAACUCCAGUCGUACUAGCCGUGGUGGCAGCAACACCAAAUCCCCUUUGGCGGGUUUAUUCAACGAGCGGAACGAACUUUAUCAACGUUUGCUCAAGCUUCCCACCGAAAUGAACCGUUUCGAGCACGAGCUGCUGCCAAACGUGGAACGGCUGCGGGGUGAGAUUGACGAUGUUCGAACUGGCUACGAAAAGCGGUGCCCAAUCGUGGGUGUAAUGGCCGCCCUCACGGAGCUGCUGCUGUCAGUGGAAAGACAGCUGGAUACCAUCGAUGGGAUGCUGAUAGCGAACAGGGAUCGGCUUAGCGAGUGCGGCAUGGGUAGAGAACAGUCGAUGCCCUCGUUUUUUAUGGCACUCUUCGGCAAACAUGAUAAUCAGGCAGUUGGUGGUGAUAAGAGGCGAUGAAAUGCUGACCGAGUUUUGGACUUGACUUCGGCCUUCUUUUACGCGAGGGGCGUGUUUCAGUGUUGAAAAUUAUAAUGAGGGCACGGUGAUGA